GUCUUGGACUUGCUAACAUUGAAGGACAAGUCAACGACAUUGCAGGUCCAAUUACGUAGCAUGUCGUUACCACUUGUUAGCUUGUAUAGACAGCUGCCGCAUAGGUCACUACAGCCUAAUGUGGCAAUCCAGCAACUACACCGACACGCACAGCACUCGGCAACCUUGCGAAAUCCGGUAGCAUGGCAAAGACGUGCUGGUAUUGCGACUGCCGAGAAAGCCAUAUCUAAUGGAGCUCAUGCUACAGAGAGUGCCAAAAACUCAAUGCCACCUUUAGACAUAUUGAAGUCAACAGUCACCUCUGGCCCUAAGCGAAUUGUACUUCCACACCCUUCGUUACCAGCUUACAAAGUGGCUUCAAGAGUAUUACCCACUAAUAUCGCGGAGAGCUUUACUGUAUUAUACGCAUGCAUUCGCUCUCAUGAUAUGGAUAGAGCGACUAGAGUCAUGGUUGAACUGUACAAGAACAAGCCAGAAGAAAUGAAGAUUUUUGCCGAUAACCACAUUUAUAACACUUUCUUGGAAGGAUUUGUGGAGGCGUCACCAAAACCUUUGACUUCUCAAUGCUUGACGUGGUUUGAUCAAAUGCGAAAGCAUAAUUUGACACCGGAUGCUGAUACCUAUGCCAUUGUAACGAGAGGUUUCAUGAAAGCGGCAGGUUUUCAAACUGCGCGAGCAAUCUUACAAGAAAUGAAGAAAGAUACCAGUUUCACAAUGGAACAGGUGCUUCGAUCACCUUACUUGAAGGAUGGCGAUGAACAACUAUUUCUCAAGCUGAUUGAGGAGAAUCGCUCAAAUGCAUCUCGUGGAGUGACGGAGAUGCUGGGAGAGUUGGAAGCAGCAACCAAGUCAGUUUUUAAUAUCGAGCCGACUGAGCAAGCACUAGAGGCGUCCCAUGUUUUGGCGGAUGCCAUGUCGCAGGUACCUGAAGCACGGUCAACGAACUCCACUGGUGUGAAAUUCUUGCAAGAACAUCUCGCGACAUUAGAAAAGUCGAAAAAGUCAGGCAUCACUGACCCAUACGAACUUCAGCUUCGAAUUGAGGAGCGAGCAUAUGAAGUAGCUUUAGAGAAGCUAAACUACGAAAAGCAAGAGACUUUGGCUCGUGGCGACAAGUUGGGAGCGAUGAACCUCAGUCCUUUGAAACGAAUUAUGUGGAACUGGCAUCAAAGGCUGACACCAUUGAUUGUGGAAGAAGUUCAGAGAUGCGACAAGUCAAACGACAGUGACCGACGGGUGUAUGGACCAUUCUUGAAGCUUCUCCCGGCUGAGAAGCUGUCAGUCAUUACCAUUCUAGAGCUUAUGCGAUUACACGGAUCUUCUGGAGUUGCUGAUGGUAUGAAGACAGCAAGAGCAUUGAUUGAUGUUGGCCGAGCAGUGGAGAUGGAAUGGAACGCCGUUCUUAUGAAGGACAGACAGUCGCAGCAAAGCAGAGCUCGCAACCAGGAAACCCAUGCUCUAUUCUCAAGCGGAAAAUUGUUCAACAUGGCUUUACGACGUGAGCGUAUGCGACUAUCUCACCAAAACGAAUCAUCCGCUAGUGCAUUAACUACCACUGAUGGAGAAACAGUCACUGCUUUGGAUAGCGGCGAGUGGAAUCCAGUAUGGCCUAGUGCAACGAGAGCUAAGGUUGGAAGUGUUCUGACCAGUUUGCUCAUUGAAGCUGCCACAAUUCCUACUCCAAGUAUUAAUCCGGAGACCGGCAAUAAGAUAACUGAAAUGAUACCUGCAUUUUUUCACACCUAUCAAUAUGUUCGCGGCAAACGAGUUGGAAUCAUCAAGUUCUCACCAAACUUGACUGAGAUGUUAUCAAAGGAACCUGUUCGGGAUACUCUCCAUCCUCGUCUACUGCCCAUGCUUGUUCCUCCUCGUCCUUGGCUCACCUGGAAUUCUGGUGGUUAUUUGAGCACCAAGAGCAUUUGUAUGCGAAUCAAAGAUUCCCCGGAACAAGUUUUAUACCUGAAGCGUGCUUCUGAAGAGAGCUACCUAGAUCGAGUUCUCACUGGUUUGGAUGUUUUGGGUGCUACGCGAUGGAAAGUCAAUCGACCAGUGUUUGACGUUAUAUUACAAGCGUGGAAUUCCGGAGACGCCAUAGCUGACAUUCCGCCUGUUACGGAAGGUAAUCUUCCACUUCCAGAGAAGCCUGAAAAUUAUGCCACAGAUCCAAAGGCAAAACUGGACUGGAUCAAAAAAGUUAAGGAAAUACAAAAUACGGAACGAAAUCAUCAUUCAUUGCGAUGUGAUGUCAACUACAAAGUUGAAACUGCUAGAGCGUUCUUGGAUACUCCAAUGUAUUUCCCUCACAAUAUGGAUUUCCGUGGCCGAGCAUAUCCUAUUCCUCCGACUUUGAACCAUCUUGGUAACGAUUUGUGUCGCGGCUUGCUUCAGUUUGACGUUGCCAAACCUCUUGGUGCAUCUGGUUACCGAUGGCUCAAGAUUCAUCUUGCUAAUCUUCAUGGUUACGACAAACAUUCAUUCACUGAAAGAGAGAACUAUGUAAUGGAGAAUCUAGAUCAUAUCUUUGACUCCGCUGACAAUCCGUUAAAUGGCCAGCGUUGGUGGCUUCAGUCGGAAGAUCCUUGGCAAUGUCUGGCUGCUUGUUAUGAAGUUUCUGCUGCAGUCCGUAGCGGAGACCCCGAAAAUUUCAAAUCACGGCUACCAAUUCAUCAAGAUGGUACUUGCAACGGAUUACAGCAUUAUGCAGCACUUGGUGGUGAUUUGGCUGGUGCUCAAGCUGUCAAUCUUGCACCCAGUGAUCGACCCGCUGAUGUGUAUACCGGUGUUGCUGAAAUGGUGAACAAACUUGUUGAUCUAGAGGCUGCUGAAGGACAUCCAGAUGCCGUUAUCUUGCAGGGCAAGAUAUCUCGAAAGAUUGUCAAGCAAACUGUCAUGACUAAUGUGUACGGUGUUACAUUUGUUGGUGCACGUCAACAAAUCGAAAAUCGACUGAAAGAACGAAGCGAUAUCCCUUCGGAUCAAGUGUACCAUUUGGCUGGCUAUUUAGCUAAGAAGGUCUUUGCUUCGCUUGGAGAGAUGUUCAAUGGCGCACGACAAAUUCAAGAUUGGCUUACUGACUCUGCUCGCCGUAUUGCCAAAAGUAUACCAGAAGAAACCAUCCGAGCCAUGGAUGCCAAUAUUGGUGAGGGAUUCAAGGCUGACUCGAAUAGUGAGUUGGAUCAAACUGCUAUGGAGUACACAAUCGAGAAAAUAUAUGCUACUGCCAACAAGAAGAAGAGCUUCUCUGCUCGCAACCCAGGAGCUAAUCAGAUGACAUCUGUUGUAUGGACCACGCCACUGGGACUACCCAUUGUUCAACCCUACCGCCGUGUUGGAAAACGACAAGUUAGCACGCUUUUGCAAACUGUGUUUAUUGAGGAUCCCGAUGCUUCUUGCCCUGUAAACUCCCACAAGCAGAGUACUGCCUUUCCUCCAAACUUCAUUCAUUCUCUUGAUGCAACACACAUGCUAAUGUCUGCUGUGGCUUGUCAAAAUGCUGGUCUAGCGUUCGCCUCUGUACAUGACUCUUAUUGGACGCAUGCAGCCGAUGUGGAUACCAUGAACAAGAUCAUCCGUGACCAAUUCAUUGAACUUCACAAACAACCCAUUAUGGAAAGUUUGCGUACUGAGUUUAUUGAACGUUACCAGGGAUACAAGGUUCCUGUAUCUCGUGAAGUACCCAGAGCAACGAAGAAAUCUGCCAAGGAAGAAGCUGAGAAGUUGCUUUCCCCCGAAAAGGCGCACAAGGAGGUGCUCAGCAUGGGAUUUGCUUCUGAAGAUGUUGUUCGUAAGGAACUUGAGGACAUGAAGAAGUCCGAGGGCAAUGAAUUAGCAGCUGUCUUUGGUACGGUGAAUGACGAAGAAGAUGCUGAUGACGAUGACGAUGAAGAUCCAGACGCUGCUUCGGCCGCAGCAAGACGUGGUAAAAAAUAUGCACACAGCUGGGAAGACUUGACUUUCAUGCCUCUGCCUGCCAAGGGAGAAUUCGAUAUCCAGCAAGUCAAAGAGAGUGAUUACUUUUUCCAUUAGUUCUCCCUUCCCUUUACCCCAUGUUGUUCUACUUUGAGCACCUUGUAUUUUUGUACAUUACUCCUUUCAUUGUGAGAGUUUUUUUUUUUUGCGUUUAUUUCACAGCUCUUGUCUUAAAAGUCAUUAAAAUCAUAUAGAUCAUACUGCAAACCACCGAGACAUGAUAUUAUAUUUUGACUCAAAGCUUACUCCAAAGGUCAUCCAACAAGCCGUGGACAUCGGAAGCUGCUCCUUGAAUCUGAGAGAGACCGCUGACCACGAGUUUGGCAGCGGCGGUUGCACUGCCCCACGAUGUUUGCACCC